AUGGGGACCUUGUCCUAUUAUGAGAUUCUCUCGUCCGCCCCGCUCACGUUUGUGGUCGGCCCUAGCGGGACAGAGUUUGCCAUGCAUUCUGCCCUCGUCGCCGCCCAGUCGCGUUCUCUCAGAUUGCUCGUCAACGAUUACAGGCAGGAAGCUCUCGGACGACGCGUCGAAUGGCCGUGGACCGAUGAGGCAACAUUUUUGUUCUUCUCCGAGUUUGCCUACACGGGAGACUACAACGGCCCAGAAUGUUAUAUUACCGCUCCCCCCGAAUAUGAGCAGCAAGCGGCGGCAGACGAUGAUGACUGGGACACACCGGAGCCAACGCCGGAAAAGAACAGAGAAUCAUCGACACUGGCCGUGGCCAAGAAACGGUCUUCGGUUGCCGCUGCGCGGCUUCCGAGGCGAUUCACGAAGGCGUGCCCUGAUGAUUUCUGCAACCAUGACGAAGUGAAUUGGCCCGAUAGUUUCGCCGUUCUCAGCGCCCACGCCCAAAUGUAUUUGUUUGCAGACCAGCACGGCAUUAAGCCGUUGCGAACUCUCGCUCUGCGCAAGCUGCACCGCAUCCUUGUGCACUUUCGGCUGAAUCACAAGAGCAUCGGGCACAUUGUUUGGCUCGUACGAUACAUAUACGACAACACCCCGGCGGACUCGAACGAUCGGCUGCGGUCCAUGGUGAGCUUGUACGGAGCUUGUACAUUUUUUAAAUUCAAGCAUAACGUAGAUGUUGAUUGGCUCAUGCGGACGGUCGGCGAUUUUGCAGGCGACGUCUUCCAAAAGAUGAAUCCAAAUGAGACUUCUAUGGACUGUUAUUUUUUGGACUAG